AUGGGAGCAGUGACGUCGUCGAUGGCGGCGAAGUUUGCGUUCUUUCCGCCGGAUCCGCCGUCGUACACGGUGGCGGAGGAGGAGGAGGGGAGGGCCAAGAUGGUGGAGGUGGCGACGAGAGAAAACGUCGACGUUUUGAAGGUGCGGACGGAGAGAGGAAACAGCGUUGUGGCGAUGUAUAUUAAGAACCCAACGGCGUCGUUGACUUUGCUUUACUCCCACGGUAACGCGGCUGAUCUGGGUCAGAUGUACGAGUUGUUUAGCGAACUCAGUCUCCACCUCCGAGUUAACCUCAUGGGUUAUGACUAUUCUGGAUAUGGACAGUCAUCUGGGAAGCCUAGUGAGCAGAACACUUACGCAGAUAUAGAAGCUGUUUAUAAAUGCCUGCAGGAGAAGUAUGGGGCAAAAGAGGAAGAUAUUGUUCUGUAUGGGCAAUCUGUUGGUAGUGGACCAACUAUAGAUUUGGCUUCUCGUUUACCAAACCUUAGGGCUGUGAUUCUCCACAGUCCAAUCUUGUCUGGCCUUCGUGUCAUGUAUCCUGUGAAGCGCACAUACUGGUUUGACAUUUAUAAGAACAUUGAUAAAAUUCCCUUAGUGAAUUGUCCCGUUCUUGUGAUUCAUGGAACAGCAGAUGAUGUAGUAGAUUGCUCCCAUGGUAAGCAACUCUGGGAAAAUUGUAAACAAAAGUAUGAGCCCUUGUGGAUUAAAGGAGGAAAUCACUGUGAUUUGGAGCUUUACCCUCAAUAUAUAAAGCACCUCAAGAAAUUUGUUACAGUCAUCGAGAAGUCACUGCAUCAAAAAACUGGAUCUGGUCAUAUUCCUGAUCCACAGGAUAAACCGAGGAACAGCAUAGAUUUUCGAGAGAAAUCGAGACCCAGCAUGGACCUAAGGGAGAAUUUGAGGAGUAUUGAUCACAAAGAAAAGCCUGGUGCUAGCACAGUCAUAGACCAUAAAGAGAAGUCAAGAGCCAGCAUAGACCGGAGAGAUAGAUCAAGAAAGAGUAUAGAUCGUCCUGAGAAGGCAUAUAAUGGAGCAGAUAUACCUGAAAAAGCUAGAAAUAGCAUUGACCGCUUUGGGGAGAUGGUGAGAUCUGUUGGAUUGUGCAACAUCGAUUGCUUCAGGCCCACAGCCACUCAUGCAUAA